AUGGCAGGGCUCUUCCGUCUCCUCAAGAUGCAGUACACUCCCCCGACAGACCCUCUCUUCUCUUUCGCCGGCAAAACAGUUCUGUUGACCGGUGCGACUUCGGGUUUGGGGUAUGAAGCCGCCAUCAAGCUUCUGAACCUCGGUGUGGACUCUUUAGUCAUCGGAAGCCGCAACUUAGAGCGUGGUAACAAGGCAAAAACAGAGCUUGAAAAAGUCACGAACCGCCCUGGCGUUAUCCAAAUCUGGGAGCUCGAGAUGAGCAGCUUCCAAAGCGUGAAAAGCUUCGCUAAUCGUGCCACCAGUGAGCUCAAGCGGUUGGAUGUUGCACUGCUCAAUGCUGGUCUGUGGAACCGUGAGUAUGCACAGUCGCCCGAGAACUGGGAAGAGACACUGCAGGUCAACACAUUGUCAACGUCAUUACUGGCUUUGUUACUUCUUCCGAAGUUGAGAGCGAGCUCGUCUGUCUCGGAGCCGACACACUUAAGUGUUGUCUCCAGUCAACAAUUUGUGCGCGUCAAAGCGGAAAGUCUCCGUACUGAGGGGCCGUUGCUGGAACAUUUGAAUUCUCCAGAUCGCUUCCAAGGCCCGAAACAAUAUGGCAUUUCAAAAUUGCUUCUAGAGUAUGUGAUGAAAACCAUCUCGAAUCUCGCUCGCAAUGACGAUGGCACGCUGCCUGUCAUUGUUAAUACUAUUAGCCCUGGACUCUGCCAGUCAUCUCUAGGACGACAAUAUGACCGAUUAUACGAACGAUGGCUUGUCUGGAUCAUGUACAAGCUUUUCGCUCGUACGACCGAGCAGGGCAGUCGGUUGUUAGUGAGCGGGGCUCUUCAAGGCGCGGAAGCGCAGGGUAGAUGCUGGCGGAACGAUGGGUAUCUUGAUGAAUCCAAGGCCCUCACUACCGGACCUGAAGGGAAAGAGCUCCAAGCCAAGGCGUGGGAGGAGAUUCUUAAUGUGCUGGCGCAGCAGGCAGCAGAAGUACGAACGAUCAUCCAGCGAUCAUAG